AUGGCAAGCGACCCUCCAUCGUCCUUGAAACCCAAUCAGCCCGCUGCUAAAAGAUCCUGUUCUAAGCACAUUUUAGAAUGUCUUGCAAGCAGAUCAGUCCCAUUCAUCGUAAAGAAUGAUCCAGAUUGGAAGAUUCAUGCAAGCACAUUCAAUACGCGCCUAUCGUAUGAACCCCUUGUUAUUAUUACUCCGAAGACAUUCCAGCACAUUUCGGAGGCUAUCAUCUGCGCCUCUAAUCAUGGCAUACACGUUCAGGCCAAAUGUGGCGGACAUAGUUACGCCAGCUUCAGCAAUGGUGGCAUUGAUGGCAUGAUGAUUGUUCAUCUACAGAAUUUUCGGGACGUAGAGAUAGACCAAAAGACUGGAAUUGCCAAGGUUGGAGGUGGAACUAGGCUAGGCCCUUUGGGUCUUGCUAUCUGGAAUCAAGCUGUGGGUAUUGGCGGCCAUUAUACUCACGGUGGCUAUGGCCACUUCUCGCGUGCUUGGGGUCUAGCUCUAGACCAGAUUGUUGGCCUAGAUGUCAUACUCGCCGACGGAAGCUUGAUUCAUGCCAAUCAAGACCAACACUCCACUAUCUUCUACGCCAUGAGAGGAGCCGCAGACAUGAUCGGGAUUGCAGUCAACUUCUACCUUCAAACCCAUCCUGCUCCCAAACAGGUAGUGAAGUGGGACAUUGAUCUCUCACCCUCUGCACCCAUAGAGGAUAUCGAGGCUGCUGCAGAUACGUUUUUGCAUCUGCAAGCUGUGUCGAACGAUGCUUCCGUUAUGAACCGGAAUAUUUCAUUUGGUGUCGUCCUUGGUCCUGGAACAUGGUUCAACGUUGGCGGGACAUUUCUAGGGUCGCUCGAAAGCUUCAAGAGCACCAUAGCGCCUGCACUCCUCCAGGAUGUGGCCAAACCCAAGUCUUUCACUAUGAAAGAAUUAAGUUGGAUUGAUGCUCUUAAAUGUCUUGCCGGAGAUGAUUUAACUGUUGCCGAUACAUGUAAGGGACGGGGCAACUUUUAUGCCAAAAGUGUCACAAUACCUCAGCCAGGCGCCUCACGAGAGUCGGUAAUCAGCUAUAUGCGAUUCAUUGCUUCCACGGGACAAAAACAGAGCUUCGGAUGGUACGCAAUCUUGGAUCUCUAUGGCGGUGCAGGAAGUCAGAUCAAUAGAAAGGAUCAAAAUUUCGCGGCAUAUGGAGCUCGCGACACUAUGUGGGUUGCACAACACCAAGCAUCUGUGGACACCGACAAAAUAUUUCCCCGGGAAGGUAUCAACUUUCUUGAUGCUCUCAACAAGUCCUUGACGAAUCAUAUUGACCGAUACGGAGCCUACCUUCCCUACGUAGAUUCUGAGUACGAUAAGGACACUGCAAGUCGUAUGUACUACGGCGAUGUAUUGUAUAAGCGACUGAAGGCGGUCAAGCGACAAGUCGACCCUCAGAACGUCUUCGCCAAUCCCCAGUCUAUUGACCCCGAAGUCUGA